AUGUCACAAUCAGCAACAGACGCACUCAAGAGAUUCGAGGUUGAAAACAACAUUCAAUCUGUUGAACAUGACUCUAUCUUUAAAUACGAUCCAUCACAAUAUCAAGAUUUCUUAAAAGCAAAACCAUGGGCAAAAGAUCCACAUUAUUUCAAGAGUGUAAAGAUUUCAGCUAUUGCAUUGUUAAAGAUGGUUAUGCACGCUAGAUCCGGUGGAAAGUUAGAGGUUAUGGGUCUUUUGAUGGGAAAGGUUGAGGCACACACCAUGAUUAUCAUGGACUCUUUUGCUUUGCCAGUCGAAGGUACAGAGACAAGAGUCAAUGCACAGGCAGAAGCAUACGAAUACAUGGUCGAGUAUCUCGAUCUCAUCAAGAAGACCGGUCGUCUUGAGAAUGCCCUCGGUUGGUAUCACUCUCAUCCGGGUUAUGGUUGUUGGUUGUCCGGUAUCGACGUUAGCACUCAAAUGGUUAAUCAACAAUACAGUGAACCAUGGUUGGGUAUUGUUAUUGAUCCAACACGUACUAUCUCUGCAGGUAAAGUCGAGAUUGGUGCAUUCAGAACAUAUCCACAAGGAUACAAGCCACCCAAUGAAGGUCCAUCCGAGUACCAAACUAUUCCAAUCUCAAAGAUUGAGGAUUUCGGUGUACAUUGUAAACAAUACUACCCACUCGAAAUCUCAUACUUCAAAUCAUCUUUAGACUCACAGUUGUUGGAUAAACUAUGGAAUAAAUAUUGGGUCAACACAUUAUCGUCAUCACCAAUAUUCGCUAAUCGUGAUUAUAUUACUGGUCAAAUCGGUGAUCUCAGUGAGAAACUAGAGCAAGCCGAGUCACAAGUAUCCAACUCCAAGUCACUUCUUUUCCACGAUAAGAAGAAAGAAGAAAGUCAACUCGAUAGAAUUACAAGAGACAGCUCAAAGGUAACAAUUGAACAACUUCAAGUUGUUGGUGAUGAACAUGAACAUGAACAUGAACAUGCUGAACAUGAACAUUUCAGUUUCAUCGAUGUGGUCAACGAAAGUGGUCAUUAUCAUAUCAAAAAUUCUCGAGUCGUCUUAAAAAAAGGAUGGCUAUUCGGAAAGCUAACGGGACUAAUCGUUGAACCUUUACAUCAACAAAUCAUCGUCAACUACAAAACAAAUUAA